GUUGGGGGACACUGCAGUAAACAAAGCAAAGUGCCUAUUUUCAUGGAACUUACAUUCUAUGUGGGGGAGGGGAGCAGAUAAACACAUAUUUCUGUCUGUGGUAUGUAAUAAGAAAAAUAAACAGCGUAAGGGGACAGAGGUGCUAUUUUAGGAAGAGAUGGAUGAGGGAGAACGCUGUUUUAAACAUGGUAAUCAGAAAAGGCCCCUGCUAGGUGACAGGAAAGAAAAGACCAAAAUGGAUGUUGCUCUUGAAUGUAGAGUAGCUAAAGCGAAUAAAAGAAAUGAUGAAGUAAAAGAGCUGAACGAAAGAUUUCAAAGGGUGGCCCAAGGAGACAAAGCAUUGAAAUGUGCAAAGACCUCGAGUUAGAAAACCGAAAGGGAAGAACACGCUUGGCAUUUCUCAAGCUGAAUUGAAGAAAAAAUUCAAGCCUCAAGUUGCAAUAUUGAAGGAUUCUAUGGGGAAAAUAUUGAAUGAUACAGGAAGCAUCAAAACAAAAUGGAAUACAGAGUUACUGUACCAGAAACAAUUGGUUGACAUUCAACCAUUUCAGGCGGUAGCAUAUGAUCAAGAACUGAUGUUACUGAAGGAAGAAGUCCAAGUUGCCCUGAAGGCUUGGGUGAAAAACUAAGGCUUCGGGAAUUGGCGGAAUACCAAUUGAGUUGUUGCAACAAACAGAUGUAGCACUGGAGGUGCUUACUCAUCUAUGUCAAGAAAUUUGGAAGACAGUCUCCUGGCCAUCCAACUGGAAGAGAUCCAUAUUUGUGGCCAUUCCAAAGGUGAUCCAACUGAAUGCAGCAAUUAUCGAGCGGUAUCAUUAAUAUCACACAGUAGUAAAUGCUGAAGAUCAUUCAAAAGCAGUUGCAGCAGCACAUCAGCAGGAAACUGCGGGAAGUUCCAGCCAGAUUCAGAAGAGGUUAUAGAACAAGGGGUAUCAUCACUGUCAGAGGGCUCUUGGCUGAAAGCAGACAAUACCAGAAAGAGGUUUAUCUGUGUUUUAUUGACUAUGCAAAGACAGUUGACUGUGUGGAUCACAACAAAUUACAGAUAACGUUGCAAAAAAUGGGAAUCCCAGAACACUCAAUUCUGCUCAUGAGGAACCUAUAUAUAAACCAAAGGCAGUAGUUCAUACAGAACAAGGGGAUACUGCCUGAUUUAAAGUCAGGAAAGUUGUGCAUCAGUGUUGUAUCCUUUCACCAUACUUAAUCUGUAUGGUGAGCAAGUAAUCUGAGAAGCUGGACUAUGUGAAGAGUGCAGCAUCAGGAUUGGAGGAAGACUCAUUAACAACUUGUGAUAUAUUGAUGACACAACCUUCCUUGCAGAAAAUGAAGAGGACUUGAAGCACUUACUGAUGAAGAUCAAAGACCACAGCCUUCAGUAGGAAUUGCACCUCAACAUAAAGAACCAGAAUCCUCGCAACUGGACCAAUGAGCAACAUCAUGGUAUUUUCAGUUGCCUCAUAUGCAUGUGAGACCUGGAGAACGAAUGAGAAGAAUUGACGCCUUUGAAUUAUGGUGUGGACAAAGAAUAUUGAAUAUACCAUGGUCUGCCAGAAGAACACAUCUGUUUUGGAAGAAGUACAGCCAGAAUAUUCCCUAGUGUGACUUUGGAUGGAGACUUCAUCUCAUGUACUUUGGACAUGUUAUCAGGAGGCACUGGUCCCUGGAGAAGGACAUCAUGCUUGGUAAAGUAGAGGGUCAGCAAAAAAGAGGAGGGCCCUCAAUGAGAUGGAUUGACACAGUGGCCGCAACAAUGGACUCAAGCAUAAUGAGGAUUGUGGGGAUGGUGCAGGACUGGACAGUGUUUCCUUCUGUUGUACAUAAGUCACUAUGAGUCAGAACCAACUUGACAACACCUAACAACAAUUACUGGUUACAUUUCAGUAAAGAUUUGGAGAAUCUUCAGUAAAGAUCUGUGGGGAAAGAGUGAUCCAGGUCGGAAGAUCAGUUUUGAGGAACAGCAAAGGGUCUGGUAUCGCUGAGGAGGAGUGAAAGAACAGAUCAUACAGGCUCUGUAAGCCAGGCAGGGGAGUAUGUGUGUUAUGGUUGAGAUGGAAAGCCAUUGGAGGGUUCUGAGCAGAGGAAUGAUACCAUCUAGCUUAUUUUUAAAGGAUUGUUGUAGUUGAUAACCUGGAAAGUAAGGGUGAAAGCAGGAAGACCAGUUAGGUGUUGGCAGUGAGCUGGGAAGACAUUGAUGGCUUGAACUUGGGUGGUAACAAUGGAGAUGGUUACAAGUGAUUGCAUUUUGUCUAUGUUCAUAAACUCAACAGCAUUUGCUGAUAGAAUUUGGGUUGUGAGAAAAUUGAUGUAAAGGUUUUGUACCUGAACAGCUGGAAAAGUUGAGUUGCCAUUUAGUGAGUUGGGAAAGACUGACGAGGUGCAGGCUUGGGAGGGAAGAUUGAGAGUUUGGUUUUGGACAUUAAUUUGGCAUGCCUUUUUUUUUUAGUAGACAUCCAGGUGGAAAGUGAAAGUAGAUUAUUGAAUAGUGGAUAUGGAGUUAAAUGAGUUUUCUCAUUUUUUGCUCAUUUCAGCAGGGCUAAGAAUGUGAUAAGGGUGUGGCUGAGAUUGGCUUUUUGGUUUAUGCAGCUAGAUUGAUGAUGAUACCAAUCCCUGAGGUAAUGAACCCUGGAAGAUGAAUCGCUCCACCAGGAUUGCUCCUUCUUCAAAGACAGAAGGAAGAGUCAGUUGCAGAUUAAUGGUGAAGGGAGAAGAAUGAGGAGCAGGGUCCUUAGUCCUGAAGGAGAGUUGUGGCCAUUUUCCUUUGGGACUAGAGAGAAAACAAAGGAUGGGAUCGAGCAAGUUGGACUUCUGCCUUCUCUAAUGUUUGAAGGGUAACAAGAAGAAAAGUGAAUUCUCUCAUCUUUAGCCAUUGAGAUUUGCAGCUGCUGGAUAGUAUAGGCUCCUGAACCAUCCAGACAGCUCUACUGCCUAUUCUUCACAAUCUGAAAGCUUUAGUCCUGUUGUGUCCAAUAUAGUUGCCACCAGCCCCAUGUGUCUACUGAGCGUUUGAAAUGUGGCUAGUCCAAAUUGAGAUGUGGUCUAAGUGUAAAACCAUGUAACAGAUUUCAGAAAGUUUGUGAAAAAUAAAAAUACAUAUCUCAACUUUUAAAAAAUGUUGAUUACACGUUGAAAUGAAAAUAUUUUGGAUAUACUAGGUUAAAUAAAAUGUAUGAUUAAAAUUAAUUUGACUUUUUAAAAUAUGAUUACAGUACUAGAAAAUUUUCAAUUACACGUACGGCUUGAGUUAUAUCUCUAUUGGACAGCACUGUUUUAGAAAGAAUGUCUAGUGUUCCAGGAUAUGACAUCAUUCUACUAUUUGAAACCCAUCCAGAGGACUUGUUUCCUCACCAGUAACGGGGCAGACAGCUUCCAUGAACCAGUUUCACUGCGUACCUAAACGCACUCCACAGGCGGUGGACUCUGAGCACCUCCACGCCUGGCUUCGUUCCCUAAAGAACUACAAGGUCCAGCGUACCCUGCGUGACCUGGGGCCGGGGCUUGGGAAGAGCAGCCGCAGCUUUAUGGCGUCACGUCCGCUCUGCAGUCCGGCUCAGAAUCAACUACUUGAAUGAGAAGUGUGGUGUGUCUUGGGCUGCUUCAUCUUAAGGAGUCAACGUUUCUUCUGGACUUGAGCAAUGGCUCAGACCAUGUGGACUGCAGAUGAGAUUGCUCAGCUGUGCUACACACACUAUGGAACCAAGCUGCCCAAGCAGGGGAAGCCUGACCCAAACCGUGAGUGGACAUUACUAGCAGCGUUGGUGAAAAUACAGUCGACAGCUAACCGGGACAGUGAUUCCCCUGAGAAGCUGGUGCAAGUGACAAAGGAAGUUGUCUCAAUGGGAACAGGAACGAAAUGCAUAGGCCAGUCCAAAAUGAGGAAGAGUGGAGACAUCCUCAAUGACAGCCAUGCUGAGGUCAUAGCCAGAAGGAGUUUCCAAAGCAGUCUCCCAGCCAGAGCUUUCCCCUUCCUGCAACCUGUUAGGUACCUUCUCCAUCAGCUACAUUUGGCGGCCUCCCUGAAAGAGGAUAGCAUCUUUAUCCCAGGAACUCAGAGAGGACAGUGGAAACUCAGACCAGAUCUCCUUUUUGUGUUUUUCUCCAGCCAUACUCCCUGUGGUGAUGCCUCCAUCAUUCCAAAGCUUGAGUUUGAAGACCAGCCUUGCUGUCCUGUCAGCAGAGAUUGGACCAACAACCUAUCUGCAGAGGUCAUUGGUAACAUGAAAGCUCCUGAAAAUAAAAGGAAAUGUGAAGAUCUUGAUAGUCCUGUAACCAAAAAGAUGAAACUUGAGCUUGAAACUUUUGCUAGGGAAGUCACCAGUGGUAUAAUUCGCCAUCAGAGUUUUGAUAAACAGGAAGGUAGCCAAAUCUCACCAACUGUCAAUAGCUGUAAUAUUACAGCAGAGGGACUGGCCACUGUGACCAUAGUGGCCCCAAGUGGCGCCAAGGUGGUGGACGUUCAUAGAACUGGAGCUAAAUGUGUGCCCGGGGAAGGUAGAGACUCGGGGAAGCCAGGGCCUGCAUAUCACCAGGUGGGGCUGCUUCGAGUGAAGCCAGGCCGGGGAGACAGGACCUGUUCCAUGUCCUGCAGUGACAAGUUGGCUCGCUGGAAUGUCCUCGGAUGCCAAGGGGCACUGUUGAUGCACUUCUUAGAAGAGCCCAUCUACGUGUCAGCUGUGGUCAUUGGGAAAUGCCCUUACAGCCAGGAAGUCAUGGAGAGAGCCUUGAUUGGGAGGUGUAGGAACCUCUCAGCUUUACCCAAAGGCUUUGGAGUUCAAGAGCUGAAAAUACAGCAGUCAGAUUUACUAUUUGAACAGAGUCGCUGUGCAGUGCAGGCGAAAAGGGCUGACAGCCCAGGCCGACUUGUUCCCUGUGGGGCAGCCAUCAGCUGGAGUGCAGUUUCUGAGCAGCCCCUGGAUGUUACUGCCAAUGGCUUCCCACAGGGAACAACAAAGAAAGGCAUCAACAGCCUUCAGGCCAGAUCACGAAUCAGCAAACUGGACCUCUUUAGAUCAUUCCAGAAGCUGCUAAGCAAUAUUUCAGAAGACAAAUGGCCAGACUCCCUCAGGGGGCAGAAGCUAGAAACGUACCAGGAGUACAAGGAGGCUGCAUCUGCAUACCAGGAAGCCUGGAGCAUACUCCGGAGGCAGGCAUUUGGAUCCUGGAUCAAAAACCCUCUGGAUUAUCACCAAUUUAAAUGAGAAGAGAAAGUUUCCGAAGAACUUACUGGUAGCAGGAUAUUUUCCAGCACUUCAACUAUCUUAUUCCUUCAUACUGGACAAGCCUUAGCUUUUCUGGUGGCUGAGUCAGAAAAAAAGCCUUCUACUAGAGCGUUCUACCUCUUGUGUAAUAUUGACAACAUAUUGCUCCAGAACAUAGAGCAAUCUGUACUUGAUUGAAGAAGCUCUGUACUAAAACAGCAUCUCACUAAUGACCUGGGUGUCUGUACUAAGUUGUGUUUCAUUGCUUUUCUAAAAUUUAAAAUUUGCAGCAACUCUGUUUUGUGUUCCUAAAUAGAUUCAGCCAAUAUUGGGCUGAAAUGUGUGGUGUUUGUCUUUUUUCCAAGUUUCAGAGCUUCACCUGGCAUGGUGCAUAUGUAUUUUGUAUACCCAGCAUUUCUUCCAUGGGGAAACCACCUUUUUCCUAUUGACUUUUGGAUCCUAUGCUUGUUUGAAGCUAACCUCACUCCCUGGCUCCAGGAACAAGCAUGUGAGCCAGCCCUGGACUGUCCUGGAACUGCUGUCAGAACUAUCAGGAGAGAUGCUCUCUUCCUCUUUGAUCUGGAGCUGUCAAGGCCACAUCAACUUGGGAUGGCCUGUGGCCAUCUUUUCCCACCACAGAGAGACAGCCAGCCCAAAGAAUGAAUGCAACAAAGAAGGCAACAAUCAAGAGAAUCAAUGCUGUAGUGACCUUGUUUGGGUAUCUGGAAUCAGGUAUGCCUGAAGCCAGAGUCCACUAUGGACUUACAAUAUGUGUGACAAAGUCCUGUUGUUGUUCUGUGUCAGUUUUCUAUCGCAUUAAGCUCAAAGAGUGCUGUCUAAAAGGCCAAAGGUCCCUACAGCAAGUCAGAAACAAACCUAGCAACUAAUCUUAUUUUAACUAAUAAAAUUUAACUCUCAACUUCUUCACACCUUUUUGACUGAAAAUGGAAGCUGUUCAUGUUGGGAUUUUUCAAGGACCUUGUUGGUUCUUUGGCAUUUUUAUAGCUUUAAAUAUUUUUGAUAACAAUUUUAUCGAGAUUUAAAUAUAUAAUUCGUAUACCGUAAAAUUCACCUAGUUAAUAUAAUUUGGUAGUUUUAGUAUAUUCAUAAAAUUGUGCAACCAUCGCUAUGAUCAAUUUUAGAACAUUUUUAUCACCCCAAAGGGAAACUCCAUAUCCAUUAACAGUCACACUUCCCCAACCCUCCCAGCCCUAGGCAACCACUAAUCUGUCUGUCUAUAUGGAUUUUCAUAUUCUGGACGUCUCAUAUAAACAGAAUCAUACAAUUUGUGACCUUUAGUGUUUGGUUUCUUUCACUUAGCAUGUUUUCAAGAUUCAUCAUGGUGUAGCUUGAAUCAGUACUUCAUUCCUUUUUAUAGCCAAAUAUAUCCCAUUAUAUGGAUAUACCACAUUUUUUCUAUCCGUUUACCAGUUGAUGAAUGUUUGGGUUGUUUCUACCUUUUGGCUAUUGUGCAUAAUGCUGCUAUGAACAUUUGUGAGCAAAUUUUUGUUAGAACAUAUGUUCUUAAAUUUUUUUAAUUACAGAAGCAAUGCAUGUUAUAAGCUAUCCGUGAAUAUUUUCUCCAUAAGAAAUCCAUUUAGAUAGCAGGAAAGGCAAAAAGACUCCUAAUUGAAGGCCAGGCUCUCCAAUAUGCUGCUUUAAUCAAACAGAAAAAUUCUUGUGUCUCACUUUAUGACAGCAGUUAGGACAGGAUACCUGGACUGAAAGGAGCGUUUAUCCCCAGAGAAUAGCAUCUUUCCUAUGAGAUUUUAUUUUAAAAGAUAAAGAUUUAUGAGAAUGUAAGCGGGUGUCAUGGGUUGCAUCGUGUCCUCCAAAAAUGUGUGUCAGUUUGGUUAGGCCGUGUUGCCUUUAACCAUAGGCAGAGAUUGUUUUCGUGUGUGUUAUAAAUCAUAAUCUCUGCCUGUGGUUAAAGAGAAUUAGGGUGGGAUGUAACACCCUUACUCAGGUUGCACCCCUGAUCCAUUGGAAAGGGAGUUUCCCUGGGGUGUGGCCUGCACCAUUUUUUUGUAUUAGUAGAGAUAAAAGGGAAGGGAAGCAAGCAGAGAGUUGGGGACCUCAUACCACGAAGAAAGCAGUGCUGAAAGCAGAGCGCGUCUUUGGACCCAGGGUUCCUGUGCAGAGAAACUCCUAGUCCAGAGGAAGAUUGAUGAGAAGGACCUUCCUCCAGAGCCGACAGAGAGACAAAGCCUUCCCCUAGAGCUGAUGCCCAGAAUUUGGACUUGUAGCCUACCAGACUAUGAGAAAAUAAGUAUCUCUUUGUUAAAGCCAUCCAUUUGUGGUAUUUCUGUUAUAACAGCACUUGAUGAUUAAGACGGGGGCUAAUAUCUUUGUUACUCCUAAAUUUUAUGGCAAGCUCAUCAAGUUUGCACUCAAAAACUGAACAAAAAGUACCUUUAAAGUUAGGCUUUGGAGUGGAGACUAGAAAAGCCCUGAACACUAGAGACUAAAGGCAGCUUCACCUUGGGCUUUGCUUGUUUUCUCAAGAGCUAAAAUUAGUGCUUAGACAUCCAACAUUCUAUAUUUUAAAACCCAAGUUUAGAACCGCAUCUAUGCUUUAAAAUUCUCUCUCUGCAACAUAAGGCUCUCAAAUUUUAUUCAAUCCAUUAGAAGAUUAUGUGUUUUUCCUAACGUUUCUUAAUGCAUAAUUAAUUAGUAACUACUUCUAAUUUUUAAAUGUAUUUUCUUUUAAAUUUGCCAUAGAAAUUUUCAAAUAGAUACAAAAAUAGUACAGUGGGCUCCAUGUACCUAUCACUCAACUUUAACAGCCAUCACCUGUUCUUGUUUGAUCUAUCCCUCUACCUAAAAAAAUUAACAGGAAUUCCUUAGUAUGUAAUAUGCAGUUUCUGUUUGAUUUUCCCCUGUAACCUCAAAAAUGUCUUUUGACUUCGUUUGUUCAAAUCAGUAUCAAAACAUGGUCCAUACAGUGCAUGUGUGUUUUUAAAUCUGUAACAAUUUACCUUCCUUUUUCUAUGUUUAAAAAAUUGGAUCAUUUGUCCUGUAAAAUUUCCCAUAUUCUGGAUUUGGCUGUUUAUUUCCUCCCAGUGUUUAACAGGACAUCAUGCUUGUAAAAGUAGAGGGUCAGCGAAAGAGAGGAAGACUUUCAAUGAAAUGGAUUGACGUAGUGGCUAUAACAAUGGUGUCUUAGGCAUCUAGUGCUGCUAUAACAGAAAUACUACAAGUGGAUGGCUUUAACAAAGAGAAAUUUAUUCUCUCACAGUUCAGGAGGCCAAAAGUCCAAAUUCGGGGUGCCAGCUCUAGGGGAAGGCUUUUUCUGGUAGAAGGUCCUUGUCAUCAGUCUUCCCCUGGUCUAGGAGCUUCUCUGUGCGUGGACCCUGGGUUCAAAGAGCUGUGCUCCCAGCACUGCUUUCUUGGUGGUAUGAGGUCCCCCUGUCUCCCUGCUUUCUUCUAUUACAUCUCAAAAAAGAUUGGCUUAUGACACAACCUAAUCUUGUAGAUUGAGUCCAGCCUCAUUAACAUAACUGCCUCUAAUCCUGCCUCAUUAAUAUCAUAGAGGUAGGAUUUAUAACACAGGAAAAUCACAUCAGAUGACAAAAUGGUGAACAAUCACAAAAUACUGGCAAUCAUAGACCAGCAAAGGUGCAGAUAUUUUUGGAGGGACAAAAAUGGCUACAAAUACAGCAACGAUUGUGAGGCCGGCACAGGACUGGACAGUGUUUCGUUUUGUGGUACAUAGGGUCGCUAUGAGCCAGAACCGACUCAAUGGCACCUAACUACAACAACAGUUGUUUAACAAGUUCUUCUAUCCCCCAUGUUUCUUAUAAAUUUGCAGUUACAUGCAGGGGCUUGAUUAGAUUCCAGUUCAGUUUAUUUGACAUGAAUACUUCUUAGGCGAUUCUGCAUACUUCGUUGGAGCAUGUCAUUAGGAACACAACAUCUGGUCGUCCUACUUUCAGUGACUGAGAAUGGGCUCAUUGGUGUCAGCCUGAUCUAUCCCAUUACAAAGUUGCCCGGCAUCCCAUUAUCUGAUAAUUUUACCAGUCAUUGAGGAUCCAUUGUUUCAUUAGGGAUUGCAGAAUGGUGAUUUUCUAAAUUUAUCAUUCCUCCUGUUUUUUUUUAGAAUUAUUCUUUAAGAAGAAUUUGCCCCAUCAAAUAUUUGGUUACCUUGAAAUAUACUUCACACAGAGAAGGAAUAAAUGCUUAUUUGCCCUACAUGUAAAUUUUCAAAAUAAUGAAUUGGCGCCCAAGCAAUCUCCAAAGUGACCAACGAACUGGUGGUGGUGGGGUAUUUGUUUUUUGUUUGGGUUUUUAUUUUUUAGUAUAAUGUUGAACUCACAGUUUUUAUUUAUUUUUGUCUUUUUGGUGCUCAAAUUAUCCUAUCUUCAGCCAAGGGAAAGCCCCUUUGAGCUGGCUCCUGUGCUUUGUUUUGUUUUUUUAAUGCCUCCUUGCUUUCAGGCACAAUGAGAUAGCCAAAGUUCAUCUUGUACAUUCCGUGCCCCAAUUUUGAACUCAGCCAUUUUGUCACCUUCUGGUUUCCUUUAGUGGGCGGUUGUAUUUAGAGACCACAGUCUGGGCAUUUGGGGUGCUCAUUUCUGUUGGGUUGGUUACGGUUCCUAGGCCUUUUCAGUGGACAGAGCUAGGACAUUUUCUUAAAAGAAAAUACAUCCUCGAUUCGUACCAGCACUAACACUAUUCCAAUUCGGAUUGAGGACCACAGGGUCGUCAUCAAUUUUAAAUCUGUAUCUCCCGUAUCCCAUGCCAACAAUCCCAGUUUUCAGUGACAUCUAUUUAAUUAUUCAUUUGCUUCAUUCCACAGUAUACACUCAGAAUAAUAAUAAUACCAACACUGCCGCCAACAAUAUGAUUAAGUGAAAUCAGUUUAAGGUUUUUUUUUUUUAACUAGUUUUUGUCAUUAGUGUAUAUGCAUUAUUCUCCACAGGAACAGUCCCUCCCCUUUGCCCUCUGGAGACAUUGGGCAAUGUCUGGAGACGCUUUUAGUGUGUAGAGGCCAGGGAUGUUUUUAAGUGUCGUGCAAUACACAGGACACCCCUUCACAACAAAGAAUUAACUAACCCAAAAUGUCAGUAGGGCUAAGGUCAAGAAAUAUUGCUCUUGGGAUUGUGAGUUUGUUUUUUUUGUUUUUUUGUUUUUUUUAAGUCACUUGUAAUAGUUCCUGUCUGGUUAUUCCUGUAGCUCAGUACCCAGUUCAGUUCGUAAUGUUUUAUUUUGCUUUCAGUUUUUUAAGAAUUCUUUUUUUUAAUUACAUAAAAUAUUUGUAUGAUUCCAGUUAAAACAAUUAAAAAAAAGUACAUUCACAAAAGUCUACCUUCCAUCUUUGUCCCAGUCCCCCUGUUCUUUCCUUACUCUUGGAGUAGUAACCAUUUAUUAGUUCUCAGUAUAUUAUUUUAUUACUUCUUUUGAAAUGCUCUGUGAAUAACCUACAUACAGAAUGUUGUAUUUUUUUUGUGUGUGUCUCCUUUAAGUGAACGUUUAUAAAUCAAGUCAGUCUCUCAUACAAAAAGUUAUAUAUACCUUGCUAUAUACGGCUAGUUGCUCUCCCCCUAACAAGACAGCAUCUCCCCUCCAGACAGGAGCCACCCACAUAGUCUCAUGCAUCUACAUGAGCCAAGAAGCUCACUCCUCACCAGUAUCACCUUCUAUCCCACAGUCCAGUCCAAUCCCUGUCUGAAGAGUGGCUUUGGGAACGGUUCCAGUCUUGGACCAACAGAAGGUCUGGGGACCAUGACCUCUGGAGUCCUUCUAGUCUCAAUCAGACCAUUAAGUCUGGCCUUUUUACGAGAAUUUGAGGCCUACAUCCCACUGCUCUCCUGCUCCAUCAGGGAUUCUCUGUUGUGCUCCCUGUUAGGGCAGUCAUUGGUUGUAGCCGGGCACCAUCUAAUUCUUCUGGUCUCAGACUGAUGUAGUCUCUAAUAUAUGUGGUCCUUUCUGUCUCUUGGGCUCAUAAUUACCUUGUGUCUUUGGUGUUCUCCAUUCUCCUUUGCUCCAGGUGGGUUGAGACCAAUGGAUCCAUCUUAGAUGGCAACUUGCUGGCAUUUAAGACCCCAGACGCCACUCUCCAAAGUGGGAUGCAGAAUAUUUUCUUAAUAGAUUUUAUUAUGCCAAUUGACCUAGAUGUCUCCUGAAACCAUGGCCCCCAAGCCCCCGCCCCUGCUACUCUGGCCUUUGAAGCGUUCAGUUUAUUCUUUGGUUUUGGUUUAGUCCAGUUGUGCUGACCCC